CCGCGAGUGCUCGGAGCGAAGCCAGGUGGUGGUGGCGGUGGUCAGCGGCGGCCAAGUUGUUUCUGAGCGGAGCCCAAGAUGACCGGUUCUAACGAGUUCAAACUGAACCAGCCACCCGAGGACGGCAUCUCCUUGGUGAAGUUCAGCCCCAACACCUCCCAGUUCCUGCUAGUCUCCUCCUGGGACACGUUGGUGCACCUCUACGAUGUGCCAGCCAACUCCAUGUGGCUCAAGUACCAGCACACCAGCGCCGUCCUGGACUGCGCCUUCUAUGAUCCAACACAUGCUUGGAGUGGGGGAUUAGACCAUCAAUUGAAAAUGCAUGAUUUGAACACCGAUCAAGAAAAUCUCGUUGGAACCCAUGAUGCCCCUAUCAGAUGUGUUGAAUACUGCCCUGAAGUGAACGUGAUGGUGACAGGGAGUUGGGACCAGACAGUUAAACUGUGGGAUCCCAGAACUCCUUGUAAUGCAGGGACCUUCUCUCAGCCUGAAAAGGUGUAUACCCUCUCAGUGUCUGGAGACCAGCUGAUUGUGGGCACUGCAGGCCGCAGAGUGCUGGUGUGGGACUUAGGGAACAUGGGCUAUGUGCAACAGCGCCGGGAGUCCAGCCUCAAGUACCAGACUCGCUGCAUCCGGGCAUUUCCAAACAAGCAGGGUUAUGUAUUGAGCUCCAUUGAAGGCCGAGUGGCAGGUGAGUACCUGGACCCAAGCCCUGAGGUACAGAAGAAGAAGUAUGCCUUCAAGUGUCACGGACUAAAGGAGAACAAUAUCGAGCAGAUUUACCCAGUCAAUGCCAUUUCCUUUCACGACAUCCACAAUACAUUUGCUACAGGUGGCUCUGAUGGAUUUGUAAACAUUUGGGAUCCAUUUAACAAAAAGCGACUGUGCCAGUUCCAUCGGUACCCCACCAGCAUUGCAUCCCUGGCCUUCAGUAAUGACAGGACCAUGCUCGCAAUAGCAUCGUCGUAUAUGUAUGAAAUGGAUGACACAGAACAUCCUGAAGAUGGUAUCUUCAUUCGCCAAGUGACAGAUGCAGAAACAAAACCCAAGUCCACCUAAUCAUCUCGUGAAAGUGGUUUCUCUGUGGAAAGCUUUGUUUUGCUUCCUACAAAUACAUACUUAUCCCCUAAGGGAUGCGUUAGAGUCAUUGUGGACACCUUAUUUAGUAUGUGGAUUUCUCUGUUUUCUGUCUUAACAAAAAACUUUUCUGUGUGCCCUUUCAUGCUGACUGU